AUGUCUGCGUCCCCACUCAGAAUCGGCUUCGUGCCAGAGCACUAUCUCCUACCACUACAUCUGGCAUACCGAGCCUCUCUGUUCCCAUAUCCUGUCGAACUUGUAUCAUGUCCCUCCGGCACUGGCCAGAUGAUCACGCUCAUCCGUGAGGAAAAACUUGAUUUGGCCAUCGGCCUGACCGAGGGCUGGGUUGCUGGCUUGCUAACGCCACAAGGUCAGAAAGAGAAAGGCUACAGCAUAGUAGGCUCAUGGGUUGAGAACCCGCUCCGAUGGAGUAUAGUCACGGGCAAGGAUCGAGAAGGACUGCAUAGCGUCAAAGAGCUUCUCACAGCUGGCAAAGAGAAAGGCAAGGUCAAGGUGGGUGUUAGCCGCAUGGGUAGCGGGUCCCACAUUAUGGCUAUCGUCCUCGCACAACGAGAAGGCUGGAACGUGGAGGAUCAGGUGAGCUUCGAGAUUCUUGGACCAUUCAAGGAGCUGCGGGACGGUGUCAACAAGUCUAGUGCGGAUUUCUUCAUGUGGGAGCAUUUUACGACCAAAGGCUAUUGGGAAGGUGAACAGAAGGAAUUGAAAUGGCUGGGUGAAAUCUACACGCCGUGGCCAUCGUGGUGCGUUGUAGCAAGCCAAAAGCGCUUCGAAGCGCCCGAGGGCGAUCCGACGCUCAGAUCUUUCUUUGAAGCAGUGGACAAAGGCAAGGAGAUGUUUCUGCAGCAGCAAGAUGAGUGCGUGAGGUUGCUGGGAACUCGAGAACUCGGUUGCUUCUACGGAGAGGAGGAUGCUAGGGAAUGGCUGAAGGGUGCCAAAUUCUUCAACACGACUGAAGGUAUAGAUACUGAUAUGGUGGACGGGGUUGUCAAAGUAUUACAAGGUGCGGGAGUCUUGAGUGCAGACGUGACGAAGAGCCUCAGUGACGGGACAAUCGGCGUACGGCGAACACCCUGA